AACAGUCCCUCGCGAGUCUGACGAAACCUUGCGCUAUUGGUCGGGAAAAGUGCCCGUUAUGGAAACUCUUCCUGCAGUGUUGCACGAGAGAUGACAGGACGGUGUUAUGGGGAGAUAGUUGCGAUUUAUGCUCAUAAAACCUCUAUUUUAAAUUGCAGAUGUGGAGCAGGUUAUUGAGUCCUGUGAGCGGUAGAGCAAGUUUGUAUUGGAGAAGCCUGUUUACCAUGCAGCUGAAGACCAGCGAGUUCCAGUCUCUGUUCACUGAUGGACUGAAUGGAUUAGCAGAGGUGUUUGAGAAACACCAGCAUGAGCUGAGAAUAGCUGGGGGUGCUGUGCGGGAUCUGCUGUCUGGGAAGCGGCCUGAAGAUGUGGAUUUUGCUACCACAGCCACUCCAGAUGAGAUGAAGCACAUGUUUCAAACUGCUGGGAUCAGGAUGAUCAACAAUAAAGGAGAGAAGCACGGUACCAUUACUGCGCGACUACACAACGAGAACUUUGAGGUGACCACAUUGCGAGUGGAUGUUCAGACAGAUGGACGUCAUGCAGAAGUGGAAUUCACCACUGACUGGCAGAAAGACGCUGAGAGGAGAGACCUCACCAUUAACUCCAUGUUUCUGGGUCUGGAUGGCACAUUAUAUGAUUAUUAUCAGGGAUACGAGGAUCUGCAGAACCGUAAAGUGCGGUUUGUUGGCAGUGCUGAACAAAGGAUCAAGGAGGACUAUCUGAGAAUACUGCGAUAUUUUAGGUUUUAUGGUCGAGUGGCUUUGGAGCCUGAGGACCACGAGCCUGAGACACUGGUGGCCAUCAGGGAAAACGGUCGUGGACUGGCAGCUAUAUCAGGAGAACGAAUCUGGGUGGAACUUAAAAAGCUGGUGGUUGGAAACCAUGCUGCUCACCUGCUAGAGCUAAUCUAUAGUCUGGAAUUAGCCCAGUACAUUGGUUUACCUCCAGAUGGCGAUGUUGACGAGAUGAAGCGAGUGUGGCAGAAUGCUAAAGAUCACUCUCCCAAACCCAUGACCAUCCUGGCUGCUCUGUUCCGCUGCCCAGAGCAGGUGGAAAAGAUGGACAUCCGAUUGAAAGUGUCCCGAGAGGAAAAGAAUCUGGCAAUAUUUCUGGUCAAAUACAGACGGGAGCUCUGCAAGAGUGAAGAAGAGCCGGGCAGCCUCAAGCCUUUCACUGACUUCAUUAUUGAUAGUCGGGAGCUGGAUUCCCAGAGUAAAGUGUGCGAGCUGCUCAAAUACCAAGGUGAGGAGAAGCUCCUGUCAGAGCUGAGCAGGUGGUCCAUCCCUCGCUUCCCCAUCAGCGGCCACGAUCUGAGGAAGAUGGGCAUCACUUCGGGCAAAGAGAUAGGUGCCACCUUACAGAAGCUCCGUGAUGUCUGGAAGAAGAGUCAUUACCAGAUGGACAAAGAUGAACUGCUUAGUUACGUAAAGCCCUAAAUGAGCGGAAGAGUGGAGGUGUUUUUGUGUUAGACAGUAAUCACAUGGAGGCUUAAUAGUGAUACUGCACUGCUCCUGGGUAUUGUCUGAGCAGCCUGAUGCAUAUUGUUCACUAAGGACUCUACAGGAGGUGAGACAUGGAAUCAGGCUGAAAAAUGCUCUUUCAGCCUGAGCCUAUAGCCUUGGCCCACUGUUGUUAUAUGAUCUAAACAGAGAUGUGUCUGCUGUUAAUAAAUGGUUGAUGUUCAGCCAGUUGAAUUGUCAAAAUUUGUGAUGUAAUCACUCCUUUGACCUGGGAAGGAAGACAACAUAUGGAAUAAAUUCAGUUUAUUCACAGUAA